AUGGGUUCAGUCAUUGAUUCAGGAGAAGUAUUGAAAUUCUAUCUAUUCAUUCCUCUCUUCUUGUCAGAAUUAACCACAUCUAUGCCCAUUGAUGAUGCUAUUAAUGUUCCUGAUUUCUUUCAUUCUAUUAUAGUUGAUAAAACAUCGCUCAAUAAAGAAGGAAGUUACUCACCAUACGGAUUAUGGAUACCUAUCUCAUUUUCUCAAUCAGAUGAGAAUAUUCCUGAGCAAGUUAUUCGAAUACGAAGUAAACCUAAUAAUCUUUUCUAUUCGGACAGCGGUAACGAUUUUUUGAGAAACAAAACGAACAUUUGUCGAGCACGUCUACUGGAUUGGGAAAAACCAAUUGAAAAUCCUAGUAUUGAGAACAUUUACUUUUACUGCGAGCAAUACUGCUGCCAUUUAGAAUGUUGUCAGCUCAAUAGUUCAACAGCACUGACACUCAUUGUAUUUAUUUGUUGCAUGGUUUUCCUUCUUAGUGUAUAUCUUUUCAAGAACUGUGAUAGUAAGGAGAUGUACUGGAAAAUAGGUUUUUACAGAAAGAAACGGCAAAAGCUCAUCCGAAUGAACGCAACCAGAGAAAGACAACAGUCAAUGAAGAUUGUCAAAGAAGAAAGAAAGAAAACAAGAAAUCAUCAUCGCCACCCAAGCAAAAUACGGGAGCUAUCAGUCAAAACGUUUUCAGAAUCAAGACACAAAAUAUCGCGUAUAGAAGAAGAAGACGUGGAUAUGAUGAGCUUAUCAUGA